UUGAGGUGGAGGCAGUCAGCCUGCGACGGAAAAACAAGCAAGGAUAGGUCGAGUAGUAUGUGCCUAGUUUAAAAUUUUAAACAAAAACAAAACUGUGAAAACGAAGAAUAUGUGGAUUUGACGUUUAUUUCUGUCGCUUAUGCUCGGGCUUACUUUUUUGUUUUGUACAAAGGUUUUCGUUUCUGCGUGUUUGAGUGUGUCGCCGGUUGCCCAUUCUCACUGGAGUGAACACUAAGGGAGACUCCAUGAAAGAUGACAGAGGAGGUGAUUGUUGUAGCCAAGUGGGACUACACGGCCCAGCAGGACCAGGAACUUGACAUCCGUAAAAACGAGCGUCUCUUCCUGCUGGACGACUCGAAGACCUGGUGGCGCGUUCGUAACACCUCCAACCAAACGGGCUACGUUCCAUCCAACUAUGUCGAGCGCAAGAACAGCCUGAAGAAAGGCUCGCUGGUGAAAAACAUCAAAGACACACUAGGCUUGGGAAAAACUAGGAGGAAGACAAGCGCCCGUGAUGCCUCCCCAACGCCAAGCUCAGACACAGAGUACCCCUCCAACGGCAGCGGGGGAGGAGGAGGGGGAGGAGGGGGAGCGGAGAGAAUCUACGACCUCAACAUCCCAGCUGUGGUCAAGUUUGCCUACACAGCGGAGAGGGAGGACGAGCUGACCCUGGUCAAGGGCUCUAGGGUCGUCGUGAUGGAGAAGUGCAGCGACGGCUGGUGGCGGGGAAGCCAGGCAGGCCGUGUGGGCUGGUUUCCCUCCAACUACGUCCAGGAGGAACUAGGAGGAGGCGAUGACAGGGGGGAGGGAGAUGCCUCACGAGGCCACUAUGGGAGCUCUCAGGGGACAGCGUUGGCUAAUGGGCGCGCAGGGGGCCGUGGCAGAGUGCUCCACCUGGUUCAAACACUCUACCCCUUCAGCUCCGUGACAGAGGAGGAGCUGAACUUUGAGAAGGGAGAGGUGAUGGAGGUGGUGGAAAAGCCCGAGAACGACCCCGAAUGGUGGAAGUGCAAAAACUCGCGUGGCCUGGUGGGCCUGGUGCCUAAGAACUAUGUGAUGGUGCUGAAUGAGGGGCAAGGCCUGCCCUCCUCCACGCCCAGCUCCCCGCAGAUCCGCUCUGUGGCACCGGCACGCUCAGGGAAGUUCGCCGGGAGGGACUGGUACUAUGGCAACAUCACCAGACACCAGGCUGAGUGUAUCCUCAACGAGAGAGGAGAGGAAGGUGACUUCCUCGUACGAGACAGCGAGUCAUCGCCCAGUGAUUUCUCUGUCUCUCUGAAGGCGGUGGGUAAGAAUAAGCACUUUAAAGUGCAGCUGCAGGAUGGAGUGUAUUGCAUCGGCCAGCGCAGGUUCAGCUCCAUGGAUGAACUAGUGGAGCACUACAAGAAAGCCCCCAUUUUCACCAGUGAACAAGGAGACAAGCUGUACUUGGUCAAAGCGCUGCUGUGACGCACACAUCCGCACACCUACACUGGAACAUGCUUGUAUGACACACAGACACACACAGACACACAUACAUACACAUACACCCACAAGCACCUGUACUAAUUCCACUCCUUUACUGUCUUAAUGCAAGCCUUAGCUGUGGACCCUCUUGCUGUGGACGCAGGGGAUCUCACACCUUCUGUACUGCAUCCAGAUCCUCAGUCUCUCCUUUAAGAUUUAUCUGUCGCCCUCCAGUGGUGAAAAGGUGAAAUUCUCUCUGGCUGUACAACCAAACCAUUACCCCAAGACUGCAAGCAUUAUGUAAGCAAAUAUCCAGUCACAUGCGUCUUAGCCGGUCCAUAUUUAAGCCUCUCAGUUAGGAGUGUAACACUAACAUAUGCAGUGACCACACCUGCUGCUAACAGAGUGACUAAGGCCUUGUUUGGGGGGUUUAGCUUUCCUUCUGAUGUCACACAUGACCUCCCAUUUAGUUCUGAACACACAUAGGUUACACCAUUGCUCUUAACCCACCAGACAUGCUACACAGGAGGACAGACGUUAAGAACAGUAGAAAGAGGACACGGACUUCGGAGGGACCUUACUGUCUGGUGUUGUCCUGUCGGAUUGCUGGCCUUUGUUUUAUUUUGUUGUUUGUUUAUUUUUUAAAAGAUGUUUGAAUGCUUGUUUUUGAGUCAGUGAUGUGAUUUUUUUUUUUUUUUUUUUUUUUUUUUUUAAGCUAAUUUAAAUCCCUCUCUGGAGGUUCCAAUCAUUGAUCGUUCAUUCAGUGGCUUCACAAAGUGACCAUAAUCACUCUCUUGCCUUUUUUCUCCUCGCCCGUAUCUUCACUAUUCCUUUACACAGUUUAUCUCCCCUCUUGAAAACUUGUCUUCCCCCACUUUUGUCAAAUUCCUUCUCCAGGCUUUAUCCAGAAGGAUCUUUUCAGAGAUCUGGAUCCCUCAAAUUUCCUAUACUAUGUCUAAAAAUGACGGAGAUAGUAUUACUGCGAAAAAGGAGAGCUCUGAUGUCCAGCAGAGUUUGAAUGUUUGUUAAUGUACAACCAAAUGUGCCACCCUCUACCUGUACUACUGGCUCUAGUUCUGCAUUGCACUCGUUCUACUUGCAUUCGUAUUCAUUGCUCUUAGUUCAUGCUCUGUAUUGUUUCAAGCUCACAGCGAACACGUUUCUGUUCUCCAGUUUGUGUCCGUAGCCGAGUGAAGGCACUAAUUCAAGAGUAAUAAGAAGUUUUUGGUAAUGUUUUUGAGUAACUACACUUAAGACUCCCCCCAUCUCAAAAAUGACUUAGGGUGUACGUCUGUGAAUAACUUUUACCAUGCUGUCUUGCUGCAAAUGAAUGCAGUUAGGAAAGAUUACCUCUUUUGAUCAAGUGUUUGUCAAAGAUGAAUAUAUCUUUGUGAAUUUUGUGAUUACAGAUAAUUUUCCUCAAAAUGUCUCAUACUGUGCACACACACACACACACACACAUACAUAUGCGUACACACAGAAACAAACUAAAAUUCAGUGAUUGACUGAGACCCUAAUGACAGAUUAGCCAACUAAGAGGGGGAGGCCAAUAACUGUAUAUUGUAGGACAUUGAUGAAUCAUAAGUAAACUAUAAUUUAACUGCAAACAAAUCAUUUAGAAAAUGUUUGUUAACAAUUAGUUCAUUAAACCAGUGCAACAACUUUGGUUGCUGUAGCAAGGCAGAAGCAAUUUUUGAAAAUUUGGUAUUCAUUUUUCACCAUUAUAAAAGCAAGUUAUUGUCUUCUGGUUUAUAAAUGACUUCUAAGAGAAAAAAAAAAUCAUAUGUCCUACCAAACAGUCUAUUUGUUUUUAUGUUCUUUUGCUAUGUGCAUUUGUUUACCAAUCGGAGUGUUGAUCAUGGGGUUCUCAGCUUUUA